AAGAAACUCCGAGAGGCGAGUCGUCAGUCGCUAUCUAUCUCCCUCUGCGCUCGUUUCGUUUCGUUUUGUGGGGCUGUUUUGGGGCACACAAUUAUAGAAAAACAUUCCUCGUCAAAACACAUCAGCAAUUAUUCCGCAAAGCUUACUUAGCAGAGGGAGCGAGAUUUGCAGUAACCGUCCGUAGAACCAAUCAUCAGUUGCCAUCUCAGAGGAGGAACACCGCAACCGAUCCAAUCCGAACCGAUCAUGGCAACCACACCACGGAGCGGCGGUGCCAGCGGCACUGGAGCGGCGCAGCGACCAAAUGGCACCUCGCAGAACAAAAGUUGCCAAUUCAAGCUGGUGCUCCUCGGCGAAUCCGCCGUGGGCAAGUCAUCCCUGGUGCUGCGCUUCGUCAAGGGACAGUUCCACGAGUACCAGGAGAGCACGAUAGGUGCGGCCUUUUUGACACAGACCAUUUGCAUAGAGGACACCGUCGUUAAGUUCGAGAUCUGGGACACGGCUGGCCAAGAGCGAUACCACAGCUUAGCUCCCAUGUAUUAUCGUGGAGCGCAGGCCGCUAUCGUCGUCUAUGAUAUACAGAAUCAAGACAGUUUUCAGCGUGCAAAGACUUGGGUCAAGGAACUGCAUAAACAAGCCUCACCAAACAUUGUCAUUGCGCUGGCCGGAAACAAGGCGGAUCUGUCAAACAUUCGCGUCGUGGAGUUCGAUGAAGCGAAGCAAUAUGCCGAGGAGAACGGCUUGCUGUUCAUGGAAACGUCCGCCAAGACGGGCAUGAAUGUAAACGACAUCUUCUUGGCCAUUGCUAAGAAACUACCUAAGAACGAUGGCGCCAACAAUCAGGGAACCAGCAUAAGGCCGAAUGGGAACGAAACAAAUCGACCGACGAACACCUGCUGCAAGUGAUGUCCCUUUGUAGAAAAUGAAAUUUCCAACGAGAGAUUUGAAAAGUUUAUGCUGAUAAUUAUAAAUAAAAAAAUUAUUUAAAAAUUUAACACAAUCCGAAAGAAAUACCUACAGUCGGCUCUCCCAGGGGACAGAUAAAUUGAUUUGAGAGCCACAAAAAAAAAAAAAACAAUAAUGAUAAAGACCGCAUAAUAAUAAUUAUAAACUUAACAAGAUGGAGUCCCCCUCCCCAACAUAAACGAAAGUUGCAAUUGAUGAAAGUUAGUUAUCAAUCCCCACACCUCAGAUUCAUUUGACUCGAUGUCUGUCCAAAAACUAAACUGACACACGUCCCCCCAAUUGAGCUAAACUAUCAGUAUGAUACCAACAUAAACCAUUUCAAAUAACAACGCAAAAUAAUAUAACUAGAGAAGAGAAAGCGCAGGAUGUUUUUUUGCAGAGUUCAUCGUGUCGUAGAAAGUUUGAAAAUGUAUUGUAUAAAAAAGAAAAGAAAAAACCGGAAACCAUCUAAGCGAGCAAAAAAUAUUUGUAAAGUUUACAUUUCGUGUAAGUUUCUGAGCGAAUUAAGUGAGGGGAAGAUUCAGAUUCCAGUUGCAGUUGUUCUCAGCAGCGUUCCAAAUAAAACAAACAAACAAACAAUACCACAAGGAGCAAAAGUUCAGGCCAGCGGCUGAAGAUCCUCGCUCGCCUCGGUCUGUGGCAAUGUGUGUGUCUCUCCGGCUCCAAAGCACGGAUUCCGGAUUCGGAUUCGACUUCGGGUCGCCGUGGACACGUGUGAUAGUUGCAAUUUAUAUAAAUUAUAUAUACACAUAUGAAAAAAAAAAGAAAACAAAACCACAAAAAAAAAAAACAAAUUAUGCAUAAUUUAACUUUUUUUAAUUUCGUCUUGCGUUGAACUAUUUUUUCACAUUCUAGCAACAAUCGAAGAUUUAAUGCUACUAUCUUUAAACAUAAACAUGAAAAGAGAAACUAUCGUAAACCAUAAAAAUUAAACUUACAUCUAGUAUGCAAUUAAGCCGAGGAAGUAAAGUGAAUUCUUAAACAUAAACCUUGAAAUACUUUACCAUAAAUGCAAAAAGAAAACAAACGUAAAUAAAACGAAACGAACAACACAAUACCAUAAACAAUUUGUUUAAAUCGUUCCACAAAACAUCUAUGAUUUGAUCUUCAAUUGUAUUGCAAGCGAUCAAAAGCCGAUCAAAUCCGAUGCUUCUUUCUUUCCAAUUUAUAAUUUUUAUGUUGUCUGUAUGUAUUUAAAUUUAACAUUUAUAAAUUAUAAUAAAUGAAAACAUCGUAUAUACUUAUAUAUAUAUAUACGAAUCCGUAUAUAUAUAAAGUCAUUCGAUUUGAAUCGAGAA